CGCCUUGUCGACGGGCCGAGUUCAGGCUGAAUCUAGCAGCUAUGGCCACUUACAAUGGCCACAUGAACGAAACAACUGAUCAAUGCAAGGAUUGCGGUCGAUCAAGCAAAUCCGUCCGGUAUUGUGUGGAUUGCGACUCGCACACUUGUGGAACGUGUUGGAACCAAAUCAUGGUUCAUAAGCCUGGUAGGACUAAUCGCGAUGGAAUGCCUCACGAGAAGAUCGAUUAUCGGGUGUAUGACAGACUGAAUCGUAUACUGCACCCGCGAUCCGAUGAGCACUUCGAGCAACUUCACGAUGUCGACAGAGAUACGAUGUGGUUUGGCAUGACAAGGGACCAAUCCGGGUACCCAAUGUUGAUUGACGGUGACAUUUAUGCAUCUCUCAUGGCCCAGGCCCCUAAAAGCGAAAGGAUCAAGUACCCACAACUAGUCUCGUUCAUAGGGCAAAAAGGAGGUCAAUUAAGUUUUAGCAAUUGUUACACCACUAAUAGCUCCAUAGGCGCUGGAAAAAGCACGUUGAUCAAGAUGCUUAUCGGUCUGCAAGAGUGCCGUCUCGAUUCAUCGUUGAAACCUUCCUUCCCUUCACCAGUUGUUGGAUCACCGCUUCAGGAAACGAUGCUGGAGAUCCCUGUCGCAGGCCGGAGGAGCAGAAGGCGCCUCGCGUCUAGUCUGAUCUCAGGACGAGCGAGGAUGCUGGAGUGGGCGAACACAGCUGACAAGAAAACAAAACAGUUCGCUGUGACCGAGUUGUAUCCUCGAAUACUAUAUACUUUCUCCGACGUCGUAGUAUUCGUGCUCAGAAAUGCGAGAACUUUCCAAUCGACUGCUCUCACUAAGCUAGUCGAGUGGGAUGCGGCGUCUCUCGAGAAAUCAAUCAAUCAACCAACAUUACCGCAUGCCAUCACUGCCGUGAACGCUACUGAAAUUGGUGUCAAUAACAAAGAAUGGAACGUCGAGUACGCUACGCAAAGCCUGCUGGAUUCCGUAGGAGACAGUUUGGGCCGACCGAAUGGGGUGCCUGCGUUGAUCAAGCACGCAAAUAAGUGGCGCAAUAAAGGCAAAGAAAUCCAUUCCGUUCUUGACUUGAUACACUGCUAUUAUUCCUCCUUCAGUGUAGUUCGAAUCCCAGUGGGAGGACGGUACUCCUUGCUAGAAGAUCAGAUCAACAAAUUACAAAAGAGAGUCAGACUGUGCUGCGAAGUCUCUUACGACACAAAGAGCAAGGCGAGAAUGAUUUCCAACUCGGACGAGCUCAACGUCUAUCUUCAAUUAGCUUAUGACCACUUUGCUAAGAGGUUGGACACACCUUUCAACUUUUUUGAGGUAUCCCUCAAAAACAACCCGAUCCCCCUCGAUUUCGGCGGCCACAUACUUCAACUCGCGGUUUCAAUCCAACUCUACAGACCCGAGCGAGAGAUCAAUGAGAAUCACCUAAUAUUCGAAGAUAUGAGUAGUGUCGUGGCGUCCAGUGUCUCGCUAGACUGUGUUCGAUUCCAUCGUAAAGGUAUGCCUACCAUAGCUCUUCAUCGCUUAAAGAACAACUUCAGUAACGAGAGCAAAGGUCUCUCUCAAGAGCUGUUCAAAGAAUAUGAGCGGUUCUUCGAUUACGCCCUUCGAGAAUUCUGUGCUAUGCAUCUACCUUGCGAGUUCAGCAACCACAAGGGCAAAUGUGUCAACAUGAGUUCACGACAUAAUCCGAAAGGCCACCAAAAUGAAAGAGGGAAAAUCAUCGCGGCCGGGAAGCACCAGUCCGGGUUCAUCGCAGAAGAAUACAGCGACGAGUGGAUGGACUGCCUUGAAAGGGAGGUCGUCAAUUGCCAGAAAAAACUUCAAGACUCCGACAAUGAGGAGCGUAUCCUUGAAAUCCAUCACCGACAACUAAACGAAUCCUACAGAUCCCCCUCAGCAUCUUCUUCCCUGCGGUCAUAUUCUCUGUACUGCUUGCGUCAAUCUUACGGAAAACGAGUCGCCAAAUUCGUCAUCAAGAUGGAGAGCUGUCUGAUGCAUUCCUACGAGACUCGUAACCUUGUGUCAUUCAAUUCAAGCCUGAAUAUGCUGGUUGGUGGAAUAAGAGGUAUCGUUGAACUCGAAGUUUUGCGUGCCAUCCAGGUCGAUCCGGGCAAUCAAAUUCCUAUCCGUGCCUUCUUUGACCUCAUGGUCGGAAGAAGGCUUUGCCCGUUGACAAAUGCCUUCACGCCUCGCGAAUUCCACGGCGUCCCGGGGUUAGAACAGAUCGCGAUCCCCAAGCAUGGAAGCAAAUAUAGAAAUAGUCCACUUCAAAAAGCCCUUCAGAAUGCGCUGGGACUGGAUCGUCUCUUUCGGGGGUGCCAUGAGGAUGAACAUAAGUAUGAGACAAAGGUGGCCGUUACUGCAACCGACGAGACGGGCAGAAAGGCUAUUACACUGGGUAAUUACAGCAGACCGGACGCUAGUAGAGGCAACCGACGGAGAUCGAACUACGAAUUUCCUCGGCCGGACGAUCCAUUUACGGAGCUGACGUUGUGGGAAGCAGCUGCCGCUACUUCCGCUGCUCCGCCAUACUUUGAGCCGUUCAUUCACAGCUGCACCGGACGGACUUACCUUGACGGUGCCUUUUACAACAAUAACCCGGUUCGGGUAGUUCAUCGUGAACGCAAGCUGCUUUGGCCUGAUUUGAAUGGCAAACAUCCCGAUAUCCUCCUAUCACUCGGCACAAGCCAACAUGAGAGUAUGAUCAGAAGAGAACUCGAAACGGUUCAGGGAAGAUCCGAAGCGAGAAAUGGGAAAAUCUGCUGUAGAUUUGAGGACAAUCCACCAUACCUGCGGGCACUAGGCGAUUUCUUGCAUCUCCAACAACGCCGUGACUUCCAACCUUAUUUUGAAGUCGAAGAAGACAAUGUUCAAGCCGAGAUCAGAAAGAUCGUGAUAAGUGAAGGCAGUAUUCAGAGAAUGCAAACUCAUGCAGCUUUCGAGUUGGAUGUCGGUGAUAUGAAAGUCUCGAAGAGAACCGCACAAGUAUCUAUAUCGCUUUUUCUAGGUUCAAAAGCAGUGGGAAAGACACCAAUCAGUGGAUUUCCACGACAACUCAUGAUCGAAGACUCAGCGAAAUUCGCCCAGCCCCCACCAGAUGAGACCGAGCCCGAAAACUUGGUACCCAAGAAAAAGAGCCGCCGCUCAAGAACAUCGACAGGCAUGGACGCUACUCCCUUUCACCAACGAACAGCCAGUGGAGAAUCCGAGCGUGACUUAUCCCAGCCAGCACAAGGCACGGGAAAUCGAAGGCCUCAGGUCCAGAAUGCACGAUCAAGUGAAGCGGAUUCUCGGGCAGCAAGAUAUUCAAAACAGCCCCAAACGCAAAACACUGGUGACUUUCAAGAAUUGAGUAGACACAACAGCAUUUUUACGGUGGAAAGCUCGAGGACUGCCACUACAGCAAGUGAACUGGCGCCAGGACGGACGUCGUCUAGAGAUUUUCGUCCAGAGGGGCGUACGCGAGCUAUGCCUCUCCCUGAAAACCCUCAAUUGACGCAAUUACGACCAGAUGUCCGCGGGCUGCAGCACACAGAAUCAUCAACAGUCCCUUCCGCGCCUGGAAAAUUAACGCGAAGGGCCACGUCAGAUGGUGUUCCGGACGAGAAUGAGACUCAUUCACGCAGACAGUCACCACUAAGAGCUCUGAGGGGCCGAAAAAUUUCCAUGAAGGAUCUCACGCAAGAUCGACCUCCUGCGAGUGUUCCUAGGCGGAACAAUAUUAGGGGAGCUAUACCUGAAGACGAACCGGGCUGGGAAAGCGCUCUUCCACAGGCCUCCGAGUUUGAAUCAAAGCAAGUGAAUCCCGCAAGUCACGUUCGUCGGGGAAAAGGUCAAUUGAGUAUCAACCCAAGAGAGAGGUGUUUUCGAGUAAACUUGACCAGCUUAGAGGGGCUGGAUCUGGAGAAUCACGGCAUAAUCGGUCGAAAUUUGGUCGGUCACAGGCUUCCUCGUCUCAAAAAGAUACCACAGAGCUACCUAGAAGGAAAGACCGAGGGCAUACCAUCCAUCCAACGCAACCCUUCGAGUCCGAACGACCUCAAUAUCGGCAAGACCUGGAACACGGUACUCAAGAGCGAACUUCGUAAUCGCAACAAUCAAGAAGAGAGCUUCUGUCCGGACAACCUGCACAGAUAGUGUUAGGCUUAAGACAGAAAUCGGAAGGCCGCGUUGAGAUUCGCAGACUUCAGAAGGAACCGUCCCUCACUUCAGAGCCUAGUCUGCAAACUGUUUCAUCAACUUCAGGAAGUCCGGAAUCGAAUAUGGGGCGGCGAAGACCUUUCUGGGAUCCUUCUGCCUCUCAAAGAUACCUCG